UACAAUCAGAUACAAUCCGUUGGGUUCGCUCACAGAUCCGGUCACCAAUCAGUCCUAUAUGUCAAACGAGACAUCAGUUAUAUCGCAAACAUUUAUCUCGCGGACCCUUAUAAUUAAAUGGCAACAGUGCUGCACAGAUGCGAUGCACUGUUGUGUGGAAUCCCUUCAAUACUCGCCAUCCAAUGGGUUGGAGGGUAUGUGUCCGCGCACUUGGGAUGGCUGGUCGUGUUGGGCGAAUGAUGGCCCCCCUGGCACCACCAUGAAACAACCCUGUCCCAAACAUAUCUACUGGCACCAGAUCGUGCCUCCCUGCAGG